AUGAAUUCUCAAGACAUCGCUAAUGACUACUACUAUGAAAGAUUAUUUGAAACUGAAGAAGAUUAUGAUGUUAUUAUUUAUGCUGGUGGUGAAGAUAGAAAUGGAGAAAUUCAUGCACAUUCAUUUGUAUUACGUGCAAGGUCACAAUAUUUUCAGACAGAAUUCUCUAAUAGAUCGUUUGUGAGGAGGGAUGGAAGAUUUAUUUUUAACAUACCUAAUAUUUCCCAUCAAUCACUUAAUAAGAUUAUAAGAUUUAUUUAUUGCGGAAGGACUAAUUUGGAGGAAUUACAAGGGUCUGAUAUUUUAAGACUUUUGAUAGCAGUAGGAAGGUUCAAUAUUCAACCUUUAAUUAACUACAUUCAGGAAUAUUUGAUUAAAAACAGAAAUGAAUAUAUUCAACAAAAUUCAAUUGAAAUUCUUGAAAAGGUCUAUCGAAAUAAUGCUUUUGAAAAUUUACAGAAUUUUUGCAUCAAGGAAAUUUAUAAUUCAAAUAAUUUUACCAGUUUAAAUGCAUCUUUAUUGAAGUUAAUAUUUAACAGGGACGAUUUACCGCUAGAUGAAAUUGUUACCUGGGAUAAUUUGAUUAGAUGGUGUCGCGCUCAACAUUCUAGCAUUCCAGAAGAUCCUACACGUUGGAAUAAUUAUGAAAUCACAAAUAUGGAAAGAACAAUUCAUAGAUUUGUUCCAUUGAUAAGAUUUUUUUAUAUUUCUCCGGAAAAUUUUGCCACUAAAGUAUAUCCAUAUAGAAAAAUAAUGCCAGAAAAUUUAGUUAAUAAUAUAGUUCAAUUUCACUUGACUAAAGAUCAACGAUUAUAUAGUGAUAGUCGACCUCCUAGACAACCACAAUGUGAUUUUGAUUCCGUUAUAAUAAAUCACAAUCACAUUAAAAUUUUCGCAAAUUGGAUUUAUAGGAAAGAGAAAGAUUCCGAGUACAUUCCUUAUAAGUUUAAUCUUUUAUAUAGAGCCAGCAGGGAUGGUAAUACAACUGAGUCAUUUCAUGAUAAAUGUGAUAAUAGAGGUGCUACUUUAACUGUAGUAAAAAUCAGAAGAGCUGCAGGUUCAUUUUUUUGGGGUAAUUCUUCGCAAUUAGUUGGAGGAUAUAAUCCACUUCCUUGGGAUAAUUCUUCGGGUUGGAAGUCUACUUAUGAUAGCUUUAUAUUUUCAUUUACAAAUAUAAAUGACCUUCGUAGUGCAAAAGUAUGUUAUAGUCAUGGUGAUGCAAAUUCUAUAGGUUGUCAUUCAGAUAAAGGUCCAACUUUUGGUUGGAAUUUGAAUGUUUAUAGGGGUACUUGGUACGGUGGGCACAGUGAUCGAACAAAUUCUUAUCUUAAUAUUGAUAUACCCAGUAUGUUUUCUGCAGACGACUAUGAAGUUUUUGAAGUUAUUAAAACAUGUGAAUGAUAACAUAUUUGUAUUUUUUAUUAAAAUUUUUUGUAUUAAAUAAAAGUUUUAUAUUUAUACAAUUAUACGUAUUGUAUG